UUGGGGAGGGUGUGGACGAAGACCUGCUGGUGAACAGAUUCUCUGAAACUCAGGAAUCCGAGGCGAAGCUCCGAAGGGAAGCUUCGGCUCGCUGUCUCUGCUCCCUGUCCGUGUGCAUUACCGAAAACGGUCCGGAAUAAACACUUACAGCAGAAAUACCGUAGAGAUAAUGGAACCUGAUGGAAACCUCGGCAAGCACGGUCUGGAGGGUGAUGUGGACCUACAGUUCCUGCUGCAGGGAGGGGAGCUGACAAAGGUGAAGUCUGACUCCUGGCAGAAGAAACGUUUCUACAGGCUGCAGGAGGACUGUGAGACCAUGUGGCAUGAGUCAAGCAAAAUCUUCAGGAAGAACAACACCUUCUCCAUCGAUGACAUUGACUCCGUGCGUCAGGGCCGGGAGUCCGAGGGUCUGCUGAAGUAUACUGAUGAUUCCUUGGAGGACUGCUGCUUCUCCAUCAUCUUCAAAGGCAAACGCAAGAACCUUGACCUGAUGGCCAGCUCACCAGAGGAAGCCAAGCUGUGGGUGUCGGGCUUGGAGAAGGUCAUCACCCACAUGGACAACCUCAACAGCCAACAGAAAAGUGAACACUGGAUCAUUAGCUGCAUGAGGAAAGCGGACAAAAAUGGUGACAACAGGAUGACCCUGAAGGAACUGAAGCACUUCCUGCGGCAGAUCAACGUUGAAGUGGAUGACACACACGCCACCAUGCUGUUUGAGAAAUGCGAUACCUCCAGAUCAGGCACUCUGGAGGGGGACGAGAUUAAGCAGUUCUACGAGCUGCUGACCUAUCGUGAAGAGAUCGAGGUGAUCUAUGGGAAAUAUGCUCUGACGGAUGGUCAGAUGAGUGCAGCCAAUCUUCUCACAUUCCUGAAAACAGAGCAAAUGGCGUCUUGGUCACUGGAGGACGCAGAAAACUUCAUUGAAAAACAUGAGCCCGAUCAGACAGCCAAGCAGAAGAAACACUUGACCAAAGAUGGUUUCCUGAGGUACUUUUCCCAAAAAGAGGGUUCCAUCUUCAACCCUGAACAUCAGCCUGUGUACCAGGACAUGAGCCAGCCACUCAACCACUACUUCAUCUCCUCCUCGCACAACACUUAUCUAAUGGAAGACCAGCUCAAAGGGCCCAGCAGUACUGAGGCCUACAUCAGAGCGCUGUCGAAGGGCUGCCGCUGCGUUGAGCUGGAUAUCUGGGACGGACCCGAUGGAGAGCCGCUCAUCUACCACGGCCACACGCUCACAUCUAGAGUGCUCUUCAAGGACGUCAUCAAAGCCAUCAAAGAUUACGCUUUCAAAGCAUCUGAGUAUCCAGUAAUCCUGUCCCUGGAGAACCACUGUAGUGUACAACAGCAGAAACUCAUGGCUCACUAUAUGAUCUCCAUCCUGGGCAGUGCUCUUCUCACACACCCUCUGGGAAACGAGAUGCCAAGCGCCUUGCCGUCACCACAGGAAUUAAAAAGACGGAUCCUAGUUAAAGGAAAACGUCUUAAUAAGCUGGACGCAGCGUUCAACAACAACAAUACAGAGGACGUGGACAGUGUGUCUGAGGAGGAUGAGGCUGCUGAAGUCAAAGAGAGUGAUCAGAAGACCAAACCAAAGAAAUCGAAGAUCAAGCUUGCAAAGGAGCUGUCAGACUUGGUCAUCUACUGCAAGAGCGUCCAUUUCAACAGUUUUGAGCAUGCAAAAGAAAAACAGGCCUUCUAUGAGAUGGCGUCCUUUAAAGAAAGCAAAGCUAAGACCUUGGCAGAUAAUUCAGCAUCUGCAUUUGUGCACCAUAACAUGGACAAGCUGAGCAGAAUCUACCCAGCAGGUUCCAGGACGGACUCGUCCAACUACAACCCCGUGCCAAUGUGGAACGCAGGAUGCCAAAUAGUGGCUCUGAACUUCCAGACUCCAUGUAAGCAGAUGGAUUUGAACCAAGGCCGGUUCCUUCCCAAUGGAAAAUGUGGCUACAUUCUGAAGCCGGAGUUCAUGAGGAACCCCGAUUUUUUGUUUGACCCCAACAACCUGACCAAGGCACCCUGGCUAAGGAGGAAGACCCUCCAUAUCAUGGUCAUCUCAGCACAACAGCUUCCUAAACUGAACAAGGACAAACCCAAGUCCAUUGUGGACCCCUUGGUGAGAGUGGAGAUCUAUGGAGUUGCAGCAGACAGAGCCAGUCAACAGACGCCACACAUCAACAACAAUGGAUUUAAUCCAACGUGGAAUAGAAACUUUCAGUUCAUUAUUAACGUUCCCGAGCUGGCCAUAGUACGCUUUGAAGUGGAGGACUAUGACACCGCUUCUGCAAAUGACUUUAUUGGGCAGUAUACUCUACCUUUCACCAGCAUGCAGUACGGAUAUCGCCGUGUCCCCCUGCUCACACAGAGUGGAGGCAUCAUCCCUUCAGCUGGACUGUUUGUUCAUAUCAUGGCUUUAGAUAACUGAAACCUGCGUACUGCAGCACCUACUACUACUAUUACUACUACUACAAUGCCAAAAAGUGCAUCAGAACAAUCAGCUUUCCCAUUGUGCCAAAACAUUCCCGCUACCAUUGCAGCAACACAAGAGAAUCACCAUGGAGAUUCCAGACUACCUUUCAGAUGAUGGACUUUGAAGUUAAUCAACUAAUACAUGUGCUAUUGCUUUAUAGGAUUAGUGAAACUGGAGAUGAUCUGGGCCUGUCAGGUAGAUAGAGCUAGUGGGGUAUUGCAUUUACAUUUAGCAGGUAGAAAUGUAGAGAAAUUGGGAUGGGGUGGUUUGCUUGGGCCUCAAAUGGACCAAACUUGUGAAGUGUAUGUGUAAGUGUGAUUGUGACCAAUGUUUUAAUGCAAUUAGAUGGCUAGCUAGGAGAUCCAGCAUGGUGUUUUAAAAAUAUUUAUUUUAGAAAAAAGUGGGGAAACAUAUUUUACAUUUAAUUAUUUUAACAAUAUUUUAAUAAAAGUCACAAAAUACCUAUUUUACAUUAAAGAGAUCCAAAUAAAA